GGGGACGUAACUCUCAUUUACUGUUAUGCAAGUUGGAAACAUGCCGUUUGUUUACCGAAGGAAGCCUCAUAAUCAAAUAAUUGCAAUGAUCGGUUUUCGGUUAGAUCGAUAAGUAGAAAACGUCAGGAGAAUGAGUUCAAAACGAAAAGUCAAGUUGUCAAAGGAUUUAAAAUCUCCGAAAAAGAUAGGGAAGUCAAAGAAAGAACAAAAUCAAACCGUUAUUUCUAUGUUCAAGAAUGCCAAAACUGUAUCAAAGUCAGGGGAUAAGAGAAAAUCAAGCAAUGAAAAGGAAAUUGUGAUAUUGAGUGACCGUGAGGAUGAGGAUGAUUUUAAUUUGACGAAAAUACAAUCCAAAUCCAAAUAUUUCAAAAGCAGCGUUAAUAAUGAUGGAGAUGAUCCUCUUAAAGCUGAUACAUCCGGUGUUGAGAGAGCUCCUCAGCUGCCAUCAACAUCAAAGUCUAGAAGACCAAGUCUACGAUUACGCUCUGCCAGUAACAGAAAUCUGUCAGACAAAUAUCAAAAGGAUACCUUGGGUUCGUCUCAAAAAGAAAAUGAAAAGAAAUGUCCUCCAGCUGAGCCUUUUUGUUUAAAAAGGCCGGAUGAGGAUGGUGAAAUUGUUCCAGAACAAAUAACCUCGAAAGAAUCAGACAGUCUAAAAUACCAUGAUGCUCUCUCAUGUAGUGUACGUGGAUCUGAUUUGAAGUUAAGUCCAUCAAAAAAACUGUCAUUGAUGAAAAGGUCAUCCCAGAGUGAGGGAAACUGUCUUCCUAAAGAGGAGAAAAAGCCAAACAGACGAUCACUGUCAUUAAAACAUAACCUCUCAACAAACCCUAUAAUAGACUUAAGAUAUGAGUCCACUGGUAGUUCGGCCUCCAUCACUGAUGAUGGCAGUGGAGAUGACUUUGAUGAUCUUGCCAAGAAAAUAAAAUUGAGUUCAAAAUUAAGCCUACCAAAAUCUUUAAAAAAAUCCAAUUCAACAAAUGUUCAGUCACAGCAGAAACUAAAGAUGAAAGAAUCUGUUUCUAGACAACAUAGAACUUCUGACAUGUCUGAGGUGAAGGCAAAAUUUGUUUCAAGUGAUUCAAGGGAAAGUUCAAAAACAUUGUGGAACAAACUGUUCCAAAGUAAAAAGAAGGAAGAGGAGAAAACAGGGGAUGAAAAAUUGUGUGAUAGAAGCUCAAAUGUGGCCAACUUGCACAGUGCAGAGACAGCAAGUUUAACCAGUGAUGGAACAAUACCUGAAGGUCAGCAGCUGGGGGCAGAACAACCACCACGCAGGGAGCUGGAGGCAACGGAUGAUGCAGCUGGUCUCCCCGAGCAAGAAGAACAUGACAAGACAGGAGCCGGGGAGGGGGCAGAAGGAGGUCCUCCAGCUGACACGGGGGACAAGGGGGACACGGACGACAAGGGGGAGGUGAAGUAUCGGGUGCCGUACUACCUGGACAACUUCCGCACCGUCCUCACUGCGGUGCUGGCUGAUGAAGACAACUGCAGGCUGUUGGAUGAGGCUGACAACAAAUGCAUCAAAAUAUUCCAUACAUUAUCAGAAUCAGGGCAGAAGCUGUAUGUUCGACUGUUCUCGCGAAAACUGUCGUGGUUGCCAGUGGGUAAGAUCUCGUACCCAGAGAUCGGCAAUGAUCUGACUGAUGUCCUGCAGGAGCUGGUGGAUGCUGGGAUGGCCAUGACUGAAUCUGACCUUGUUGACCUUGAGCAGACUCUGAAGGUCAUGUCUGCUGGAGAUCUCAAGACAUUGGCCAAAUCAUUCCAUAUCAAUGGGUCAGGCCUGACCAAACCACAGACAUGUGAUGCCCUGUUGAAGAAGAGCAAGCAGAGCACAGUGACCUCCAUGUUCGGGGGAGGAGGGAAGGGGUCAGGGGCAGCCAUGUUGGCCAGAGCCAAAAAGCUGCUAGGUCGGUCAUUCCGCCUGCUGGACGGUCCAAGGCGGGUGUUUGUGAGGUUGCUGAUGUUGUUCUCAGUCAUCCACUCAUGGCUGGAGGAGGACCAGGGCAGCGGAGGAAAGACACAGCUUUACCAGAUGCUGCUGGUCAACAUGGGGAAGGUAGUGUAUCCCCAGUUCACUGUCAACAAGCAGACGGCUCUCAUCAGGGACAGGGAGGGGCUGCUGAGGUUUGAGCGUGCGAUGCAGUGUGACAAUGACCUGUCUGGCUGUGUGGAGAAGAACAACUGGGCUGGGGCAUACAGCUUCUAUCUGGAGGCCAAGGAGGAUUUCCAGGCACUCAUGAAGGACACACAGCUUGUCAGUUUCGACAACUCCCUGCCCUCCUACCUGCGGUCGUGCACUGCCGGUUCUGUCCUGACUAAAGUCCUUAACCAGGGUAUCGAGAUUGUGCAGCGCAGGAAGGACUACCCUGCAGCAGUGGCACUCCUGGAGGAGCUCCUGGGGCAAGAUGUGUACUGUGCUGACUACCGGGGGUACUGGUGGGAGAGACUUGCCCUCAACCUGGAGGUCCAUCUCAAGAAAGCCCAGGAGGCCCUGAAGGCUAUCUGUAAGGGCCUGGCUGACCCUGCUGUCAAGGUCGGACAUCGCCUGGCCUUGUACCAGAGGGCUGAGAAACUAUGUACUGGGCCAAAUUCCAAAUACAAGCACCGGAUGAAGGAGUUCUCACAUGAUGAAGUCAUAGAGGCACCAAAGCAAAUUCUAGAAGGCCGCGUGCUGCCUCACUCUAUUCCUGGUCUCAAGUACAGCUUCAUGACGGAGGACUCCUACAUCGACGGCAACUCGGAGGAUGUGACGGUGUGCGCGGUGGAGGAACUUGUCCUCAGUCACUACAAGAAUCACGGGUACCCUGAAGGUCUCCAUGCUGAGGGCUCAAUCAUCAGCAACCUGUUCAACCUCUACUUCUGGGAUGCUCUCUUCAUGGACAUCCCUGACGCCUUCCACAGCCCAUACCAGACUCAGCCCCUGGACUUCCACAGCUGCUCCUUCUACAGCCGGCGACAUGAUGCCAUCGACACUCGCCUACAGGAACUGGAGGAGGCGACAGUGGAGGCUCUACACGAGAUGAUGGCCGCCACCUGGGAUGCCCACAAUGGGGAGAUGUGUGCAGGACUCAACUGGGAGAGGUUCAAGAGCCUUGAACAUGCUCAGGGGCUGGUCAGCUGUAUCGGAGGGAAGGUGUUGGCAGGGAUGAUGAGACGGUACGCCAUGGAACCUCGUCAUACACGCAGCGGCUUCCCCGAUCUCACGCUGUGGAACACUGAUACGAAGACAUUCAAGAUCUGUGAGGUGAAGGGCCCUGGGGAUCGUCUGUCACACAAACAGAUCUUGUGGCUGGACGCCCUGCUGAAACUGGGAGUGGAUGCUGAGGUCUGCUAUGUUAAAGCUGUUGGUGCCAAGAAACUGAAACCAGUGGCCAGUACUUCAACUUCAUGAAGACUUCCACAGCGGUUAAACAUUCAACAAUCAUCACUCACAACUCUAGUUCACAGUGGCAGGCCCAUGAAGCAGAACUUCUAAACAAGCUCUUAGUUUUGACUGGCAAACAUCAGCCACUGGGCUACUGUGUGGCAUUAUUUAUAGAUACAGGACUAUUAAACUGGGCAUGUUACAGUCAUCAUAUUUGCGUCUCCUUAAAUUGAAGAUUACAGACUGUAAUGCUCCGUGUUGGUAGGUGUUUGUGUGACAAAGUUCUUGAAACCAAUUCACACAUCUAGCAAAGGGCUUUUAUUUGAAGAAAUUGGCACAUUAAUGUGUGUAGGUGUGAAUAGAAGAAGUUGGCGCUGUCCAGAUGUCUACUUCCUAUUCCUACCACAGCCAGCAUGCAUUGUAUGCCCUGUGUGUUGAUGUGAAUGGAAUGAAUGAAAUCUCUCUCUCUCUCUCUCUCUCUCUCUCUCUCUCUCUCUCUCUCUCUUUCUCUCUCUCUAUCUCUCUCUCUCUCUCUCUCUCUCUCUCUCUCUCUCUCUCUCUCUCUCUCUCUCUGUGUAUUUUAUUAUGUACUAAGUUUAAAAUAUCGUUGAUUAUAUAUUAUUAUGUAUCUCUUCUGUGAUGAUAUUUGCCUGUUGUCAACAUGGUACACAUUCUCUUCAAAGCUGAAGAUAUGAAACUUAAACAUCUACCAAACUAGAAACUAUAUUUGAAUUAUGUUAUUUGUACCUGCAAGAGAUUCUACAAUUAGAUAUUAUCAUUUUUCACAAAGUUGAGCAGUGAUCUACUAGUGAUCUACCAGCAUUUAUUCUACGUACUUGAUUUUCAUGGUUUGUAUCAAGUGAUUCAGAGCUAUGAGACGUUGAUGGAAAUAGGCUGAAACAAUGGCUAACAUCUAGGUUCCCACAGUCACAUGGUGACAGUGUAAAAACAUUGUGAGAGCAUUGAGUGUAGAACACCUACACUCCGGGAUAUUGCCAGUCCUAACAAGCUUGAAUCAGUUGAUUCAGGUAACUCUUUACUAUACUCUAUACAUCAAGUAAAUUAUUGUAAUACCUGGUGAUAGAAUUACAUACACACCAUAGAUAAGAUGAAAUAGAAAACGUGUACCACUUAAAGGGAUGGGAAGUCAACGGUUCUGAAGCUUUGUUUGUAAACAACAGCAGAUAACCCUCAAGCUUACUUGGCUCUGCUCGCCUUAUUCCGUUUCUGUUGAGUGACCACACCACGAGUGUAGGCUUAUCACGUGACCGGACUUUCCACUUUGUAAACAAACUCACUUAUUCUCAAAUAAGAACAGACGGGCCUAAUGCAAGCCUUUUUGUGUAUUUUACAUAUUGUUUUGAGUAAUUAUUUAGACAUACUUCUACACUGCGACAGUGAGGUGGAUGACAAUAUAGCUUCAUACAUCAAAGAUACCGUAUAUUGCUAGCUCUCGGUAGGGCGUUGAUGAAUGGACGUGGAAGAUAAAUACGCAAAUGGAAAUAGUUUUUCCCAUUUGAGGAUAUUUUCUCAAUGAAAGUUUAAUGUUUCAUGACAUGUUUAUGUAGCUGUGACUCGAACAAAAUUAAACAUAAAAAACAUAUGAAUGGAUUGUGUAAGAUGGUACGCAGCUGGCCUCAAGGAACUCUGGGUAGGAGAGUGAUUGACUUUAUAUUGUAAUCUAGGCUUUGAUAAACACUGGCUUCUAAUCUAAUCAAUCUGGCAAUUAGUAUUUUUGUUACUCAGCCUUAAGAAAAGCACACAAUCUUUCUCUUCAAUUUGCCUCUAUUAAAAACAAGACUGAAUUCAGUUUACUCUGCACAGCGCUUGCGUUGUCGGCUUCACUGUGCAGAGCUCUAUUGCUUUGGUUUGAGAAUUGAAUUGGGCAUGUGAGUCACACUCGGAAAUUAUUUCAUGCAUGAUUUAAGAACACAGUGCCCCUUUAAGACAAGUCUGUUAACUUGUGAUCCAAGAUCAGUUACUUGUAGAAACACUAGUACUUCCUCUUGGUAGAUGAAUGCAUCAGUUUGUCUGUAAGUCACAUUGUCUGGUGAUACAAAUAAAAUGUCACCAAGUGAAGGCAGUUCAGCGUCUGGGAAACUACUGAACAAGAAGAUAUACCCUACUCCCUACUCCCUAGUCUCUGUUGUUGUUUUUAGAUUUUGGAAACCAAGUCUUAAAAUAAAUAGUCGUUGGAGGGUUGUUUUCAAUUGCAGUCUCUUUUUUAAAUGGGCAACAAUGAAUAUAUAUGUAUUUUUCAUUGACCUUUUAAAAAAGAGUCUGAAAGUGAAAAAAACCUGGUUCUCCAAUAGGGAGUACAGAUAUAUGUGAAGUGCCCUUACUACUGCUAGCACCAUUGUCUGCCUCAACAGACACUACUUUUAGGAAGAUGUUUAUAGCCUUGCUGGUACUAUGCAGACCUAAAAAACACAGUUCUAUUCACAAACACUUUAUGUAUUUGAUACACAAGGACAUGUGAAUAAACCAUGACAGUCAUA